AUGACCGCUCUCGAAGAGCGCUUAGCUAACAUUGAGGCUCUCUUGACAGCGCUUGGGGGGCGAACCCUUGGAGCAUCGCAAACACAGCCAGGACUCGACAUUCCUCUCAGCGAUAUCGAUGUCUCUGGGUCUUCAAAUAGUUGGGGUAUUUCGCCAAUUCAGACACCAUUGGACCUAGCUCAAUGCCAACAUACUACCUUCUCAAAUGCGGGCUCUCAAUUGACCAAGGCUGCGAGCUCAGAUCAGCUCGAGCUCGCUCCUCUAUCAGAAGUCCUCCCACUUGUAGACAACUAUUUCCGCAAUUACAACACUAUAAUCCCACUAUUCGAAGAGAAUGCAUUUAUGCGUAUGCUUCUUGAUUGGUACUCUUCGUCCACCAAGCGCUCUACGGUCGCAUGGGCUGCUAUAAAUGUCGUCCUGGCUAUCAACUAUCGCAUCCUUGAGGGAAAGACAGUGGACGACCCUGCGUUUUCCCAAACUAUUCGCAAUGCACGCUCUACCAUGUCAGAGUUAAUGAUGCAAGGCCAAGAUUUGAUGGGCCUGCAAGUGCUUCUGGGCAUGGUGAUCCUGUUCCAAGGUUCCUCAGAAGUCCAGCUCGCUAUUGUUCUAACUGGGAGUGUCAUUCGGCUUGCGCAAAGUCUACGGUUGAACUCCAAGAAAGUAUUGACAGGACUGUCGAAAUCGGAACAGGCGCAUAGGACUCGUUUGUUCUGGCUUACAUACAUCUAUGACAGGGAAAUGGCGCAAAGGUCUCAAUGCCCGUAUCAACAGGCCGACUGUGAAACAGACAUGGACCUACCAGAAGCGAACCCUGAAGAAGAUCUUGGUAUCAUCACCUCAUCAACCGACACCAUUCAGUUCAAUUACCUCCGUUCAUGCGCCAAGUUUGCAUUCAUCCAAGGAAAAGCCCAUGAUCUUCUCUACAGCCAAAAGUCUCAUACCCUCACACCAGAAAGUAAAGCUAGAUCAAUUGCUCUGAUAGAAGAAUUGCUUAAAGAAUGGGUGGAGGAAAUACCCCCAGUGCUUCAUACCACAGAGGGUAUCAACAAGACGUUAUCCCCAUUAGCGAGGGUUAUGAUGACGAACCUAUGGUCUCGUCAUAUUGAGACCCGGAUAAAAAUCCACUCGAUAUUUACGUUUGAAGAUACAUGGAUCAACAGAGUGAGGCGGUAUCUUUCACCUGCGGUGAUAGAUAUCAGCGACGACAUUGAUGGUGAGGUUAAAAGAGCGGACCUUACACCUCUACCAGCAGGAUGGGGCGAAUGUGUUGGUAAUGCUCGAGUGUGUCUGGAAUUAAUCAGUUCGGCAAAAUUGACAGAGUAUAUUCUAUGGCUUCAUACAUGCACCGCACUCCCAUGCCUGAUUCUCAUUAUAGUUAACAUGAUUGAGUUUCCAGACCAUGAUCUUGUGACCCAGGAUCGAAAGCUUUUGGAUAGCUGUUUUGGAGUUUUUGAUGGUGUGAUGAAAUAUCUGCCGAAAGAGCCGUUUGACACGAUACUAUCUAUUUCUCAUCAGUUGGAUCGAAGGGCGAAGGGGCAGGUUUACCGCACUAUGUUGGGGAAGGGGGAUAUGUCCUAUCAAGAGGAUUUUCAGAUGAGUCCCUCGACCGCAUGGGCGCUUUUGGAUGAUAUUGAGUUUCAGUGA